CUCCCCAUUAUUAUUGAAGAUGAAUGAGAGUUAAUUAGUUCUUGUUUGUUUGAAUCCAUAGUUUGUUGUUAUUACUGAAAAUGGCUCAGUUAUUGGAUAAAGCGAAGAACUUUGCAGCGGAGAAGAUGAGUGAUGUGGCGAAGCCUGAGGCGCAUGUAACUGACGUGGACUUCAAGCGCGUGAGCAAGGAUCACAUUGAGUAUUUGGCCAAAGUAUCUGUUCAGAAUCCUUACUCUGCUUCUAUCCCUAUUUGUGAGAUCAAAUACUCUUUCAAAAGUGCUUCAAGGGAGAUAGCAACAGGGAGAAUACCAGACCCAGGAUCACUGAAGGGUAAAGACACAACAAUGGUGGAUGUGCCGGUGAAGGUACCUUACAAUGUAUUGAUGAGCUUAGCCAAGGACAUUGGUGCUGAUUGGGACAUAGAUUACCAAUUGGACAUUGGUCUUGUUAUUGAUCUUCCAGUCAUUGGAAACUUCACUAUUCCUCUCUCUCACAAUGGAGAGGUCAAGCUUCCGUCACUCUCUAGCAUGUUCACCAAAGAAAAUUAGUCAAAAGCAAAAAAAACAGAGUCAAAAAUAACAAUAAUUUGUUUUAUUUAAUUUUUAUUAAUUAUUACGAUAAUUAAUAAAUAUUAAAUAAGAUAAAUUUUAGUUUUUUUUUUUGUCUUUUUAGUAUUAUAGGAAAGUUUAAUGUUUUCUUUAAUUUAAAUUAGUGAUGUUAUUGUGCAUGCAUAGUGCGUGCAUAUGCUUUUAAGUAGUAGUGCUACUUUGUUCCAUAAAUGUGUGUAUCUAUGAUUGUACGCAUAUAUAGUAUAUGCUUUUGAAUAAUUAUAUUAUACAAGGCGUUUUGUAAUAGUAUUCUCUUCG